AUGACGACCGACACAAUCCGUACAAAGAAGUGGGUCGGUGGUGGUGAUACGCACGACAUGUCGAAUGGUGGUGACGGCGCAGCAGGUGCAGUUUGCGCGUGUGGCCGUCGCCGUCGCCGUCGUCGGGCAGCGUCGUCCUCGUCUCCGUCGCCGUCCGUGCUGGCCGUGUGGACGACGGCGUUCGUACUGGCCGUGGUUGUAGGCGGCGGCGGGGUCGAAGCUCUACAUUCGGCCGCUGCCGUCUCGACGGCUGGCGGUGGCAGUGCUGCUGCGGCAGCUGCGGCGAUGGCGGCUGGCCGGAUGGCGCCGUGCGCCCACCUGGGCGACGAGACCAACGACGUGUCGGCCCGGGCGUACGCGUCCGACGUGGUGUUCGAGGGCAAAGUCCGGUCAAAGGGCCCGGUACGGCCCGGGGAUGGUACGUACGGCGUCACGUUCGUGGUACAGCGCGUGCACAAAGACGCCAUGCAGGCGGUCACGUACGAGGGACUGCGGGUCGGCAGCCCGGUGCGGCUCAACUUUCGCGAGAAGCGCGGUGACCGCGACCCACCGCAGCGGAGGCCGCCGCUCCAGCGCCGGGUGGACGCACAGUGUGUGCAGCGGUUCGCGCCGGCCGCCGGUGGUCAGACCGUCGAAGCCAACAUCAAACGCGGCGCCAAGUACCUGGUGUUCGUGGCCGGCGUCGGGCCGCACAACCUGUCCGUGCUCGGCGAACCCGUGUUGCGGACGCCCAAGAACGUGGACGCCGUGCAAAAGGUUCUGUGCAGGGACUGUGUUCAGCCAAUCGGUGUGUGGGGACUUCACAACACAACGUUAAAAGUCAAAAGCGCUUUGAAAUUGAUGUGCAGAGCCAAAGGUAACCCGAUGCCCGCUCUACAAUGGUUCAAAGACGGCCAACCGAUUUUGGUGGGCAGGCGAAGGAUUCAAUAUAAAAAGAAAAGAUCCAUGCUUGUGAUACCAAAGGUGAGGCCAGAAGACGGAGGCAAGUAUGAGUGCAGAGGUACCGGAGUCCAAACCGGCCAUGUGGCUAUUACGUCGGCCCAAGUAAUAGUUAAUUCCAAACCGGACAACACAACAGCCCUGUGGCCGUUGGUCGGCGGUCCCUGUCCAGCAGAUCUCGUAUAUUGUCUGAACGGGGGCACUUGUACGUUCUACGAAACCAUCGGAGAGCUCGUUUGCCAGUGCGCCGAAGGCUUCAAGGGUCAACGGUGUGAGAACAAAGACAUUGUUAACAAAAGCACCAACGAUCAACCGCUGCAUUAUGUUUUAUUUUCGCUUUUUACCCCUCUUUCGGAAGUGGCGGGUGAAUGA